GCGCCCUUUGCAUGUGUGUGCAAUUCGAAAGAUUUUAUACAAAUUUUGCACAACUUCAUAGCUUUUCUCUAUUUGUAAAGUAGAUACUGUAAUCGAAAAGUUUUUUCUUGCCUGACUUUAACCACAAUGGAUGAUAUGAGAGAAAACGAAAGGAAAGUUGUUGAAGAGUUAAGAAGGAGAACAAUCAAUGAUGUGACUCUAAAGAUGCUGGAAGAUAUUUCCCUGUUUUAUCGAUUUGCCAAGGCCCGGGAUUUUAAUAUAACGGAAGCGGAGACUAUGCUGAGAAAAAACAUCGCAUGGAGGAAAGAAAUGGGAAUAGACACUAUAUUAACAGACUACGAGCCACCAGAGGUUCUUGCGAAAUAUGCCCCAACAAGCUUCAUUUGUUUUGACAAAUUUGGAUGUAUCGUAAGACUACAUGAUUGUGGUCGGGCAGAUGUGAAAGGUCUUUGGAGUGUGGCAACGAAAGCAGAGUGGGCGAAGUUUUGCGCUUAUGUUAUAGAACAAGACACACAAAGAGUGAUCAAGCGAGGUGGAAAUUUUGGAAAACCUUUAUACACGGGAAUUGAUGAUUUCGAAAACUUAACGUAUGCAAAUGCCAUUAGUAUUAAAACUUUGCAGUUUUUACUAUGUCUUUUAAAAGUGUUUACCGACAAUUAUCCUGAAGUUCUCAGAACUGAGAUAAUAAUCAACGCCCCUGUAUAUUUUACUUGGGUAUUCGCUGAACUGAAGCCAAUCCUUUCAAAUGCAAUCAUUGAAAAAGUUCGAAUUUAUGGAAAAGAUAGUUGGAAAGAAGACCUGCUAAAAGAGAUUGACGCAGACGAACUGCCUGCGUACCUCGGAGGAAAUAGAACAGAUCCCAAUGGAAACCCGCUUUGUGAAACUUUUAUCACACGAGGACAGCCCAUCCCCAAGAGAUAUUACAAGCAAAAUAGAACGAAAAGAUUAUAUCUUGAAUCUGAUGUGGAAAAGAUCACGGUGAUGCCAUUCUCCAAAGAAGAUAUAACUUUCGAAGUGAAAGAAGAGAAUUCAUUUCUUGAAUGGGAGUUCGAAACAAAGGCCAGAGACAUCGAUUUCUCUUUGGUCUUCAGAGGAGAAUCUCCGGAAGAUUCGGAUUUUGUAGUUUUGAUUCCAAAGCAAAGAAUCGACACCAGUGAUGAACCUGAGAAAGGGUGCUUCAAAUGUGAAAAAUUAGGAAAUUAUACAAUUACCUUCAGCAACUGUUACAGUUGGUUUCAUUCGAAGGAAGUGUAUUACAGAGUAAGAAUUACUGAUGCCAAGAGCAACGAAAUCUACAAUUCCAUUUGAGAAAACGAAGUAUAUUAUUCCAUCUGGCACAACGAAGUGUAUUACACCAUCUGGCACAACGAAGUGUAUUACACCAUCUGGCACAAUGAUGUGUAUUAUUCUAUCUAGCAAGAAGUGUAUCAUUCUAUCUGGCACAAAGAAGUGUUUUAUACAAUCUGUCACAACCAAGUAUACUAUGUAACAGAAUACUUAUUUUCACAGCGAAAUUUACUAUGGAAUAGAAGACUUAUUUUUACAAGGAAAUUUACUAUGGAACAGUACACUUAUUUUAACAACGAAGAUUACUAUGGAAUAGAACAAUCUUAUUUUAAAACAAAAUGUGCUAUUCAUAUGUCACUUCAUUUUUUCCUAUAGAUUAAUGUGAUCCUAGAAGUCUGAAAAAGUGAAUAGCGCAAU